CCUCGAUGCGUAUUUUCCAUCGAUUCAUAUUUUCCUCACGCAAUAAAAUGCUAUUCUUAGUAUAUUUUUCUAUCGCAACACCCAUGGGCAACACCCUUUUUUUACCAUAUAUAAGAACUCGAGACUAGACUUAGGCGUAGUCUAUCCGCACUCUUUGAGUAAACUCAAGACGAUGGAGAAACUUAACGAUUUAAAAUGCGUGUGUGAUGUAUUACAAAAUCAAACCACAGCCCUGACGAGGGAGGUUGAGGAUUAUUGCAACAUGGUGCGGCAGUUGCAGCUGCGCGUGAAGUGCUUAACGGAAAAGGUGCCUCCUUUUUUGCAACUCACCGUUCACGUGGACGAGGAUGCCGCAAUGCUCGAAAAAACGGCUAUCAUUACUUCCUUGGUGAAAAAAUCUUGCAACCAGAUCAGAUUGUUCGUGACGAAACUUCGUGGGACAUCGCGCGGCUGGACUCGCACGAAGAGGCGGGUCGUUGCGAGAGAGACGACGACGAGGGGGAUUCUCCGAACCUGA